UUGAAAGCAUCCGCCAGCCAAUCCCCAAUUUUCCCACGCCAAUCUCAGCCUCCCUAACUGCACCAGCAACAACCGUUCACAAUGUCCACCCGCACAGAACGCAUGAACGACAAGGCGGGAAACGACAGGAACGCUAAAAUACUUAAGGAACUCAUGGCGAGGCCUGAUAACAGAAAAUGUGCUGACUGCAGGAAGAAGGACCCGAGAUGGGCUUCUUGGAACUUGGGCAUCUUCUUUUGCAUCAGAUGUUCGGGGCACCACAGGAAUAUGGGGACUCAUAUAUCGAAGGUCAAGUCAGCAGAUUUGGAUACAUGGACGGAAGAGCAGAUUGCGAACAUGGUUCGCUGGGGCAACGGCAAGGCAAAUCAAUACUGGGAACAACAGCUGCCUCCAGACUUCACACCUCCCGAAAGCAGCAUCGACCAAUUCAUUCGCGCAAAAUACGAGCGCAAACAGUACGCCAUGAAAGGUCCCGUGCCCGACCCAUCCACUCUCAAAGCCGUGGAAGGCGUCGCACCCACCACCACAGCCGUGCAGACUACGCGAACCUCGCCUCCCAUGGCGCGUCUCGCCAAACCGGGUCCCGUCGCCAACCAGCCCUCGUUUGCAAACUUUGCCCCUCCGCCCGGCGCGGCGGCUCCGAAGCCGAGUGUUUCUGCCGCCCAACAACAGCCUCAAGAACAACAACAGCAGCAGCAGGCACCUCAAUCCGCCGCUCAGCAGUUGUUUGACGUCUUCUCUGGUCCGUCCUCAGGCUCUGCACCGGCUACAUCCACAAACGCAUCCCCCGCGAAAGAUGUCAAAAACUCCAUUCUGUCUUUGUACGGGCAGCAGCAGCCCACCCCGACCAGCAAUACCUCACCGCAAAUGAACGGCCUAGGCGCUUUGGGCGGUCUCCCGCAAUUUGGGGGCGGGUUCGGCCAGCCUGCGCAACUACAACAGCAGCAGCCGCAGCAGCAGCAGCAGCAGGGUGGUGGAUUCCCCGCCUCCUUCGGCGCGUUUGGACAACCGUCCGCUGGGUCCCCUCAACCUUUCGGCGGCGCAUCCUCAUUCGCAGGGUUCGGCGCCCAGCCGCAGCCCCAACAACCCCGACAACCCCAACCAUUUAGCCAAUUUCAACAACCCGCCUCUCCCGCCCUCUCCCAACAACAACAGCAGCAACAACCCAACCAAUUCCAAGACCUCUUCACAACCCCCAAUCAACAACCCCAACCUCAACAACAACCCUUCCAAAACAUGUUUGUACAACAACCACUACAGCCACAGCAGCAGCAGCAGAAAUUGCAGUCGUCGGGCAUUGCGGAUUUUGUAGGGUUCGGGACGGCGACGGGUAGUGCGGUUUCGCCGACGAAAGCGGGGGCCGCGGCGGCGAAUCCGGUGGGUGCGCUCGGUGGAUUGGGGGACGAUUGGGGGGCGUUCCAUUGAGGGGUGAGGGGUAAUCCCUCGGAUAGAAUCCAGAGCCGGCGUGGAAGGUUGAUGUUGGCGCCUACUCGCCUACUCUUCCCCCCCUCCAACCCGCUUUCUUCCUUGCGUUGCGAGUCAGGAGAACAUCAUUGAUUUCCUUGAAGCCUCCCUCUGUCCCAAUUUGGCGAACACUACCCGAGGCCCUUCCCAUUUCUGUUGUCUAUGAAUCAUCGUCCUUUACUCCUUUAAUGAAAUCGGCUAUCUCUUGGACGACGUCAAGACGUGUCAAGAACGCAUUCCUUCGAG